AGUGUAUAUCUUCUGUGAACCGUCUGGCAAAAAACUACAUGUGUAUAAUUUGAGCGUGUCACUUUGCUAGAUGUGUGUAUAUUAAUCUCAAAAUUACAACAUCUGGGCAUAGUAUACUAGAGAACGCCGCAACUGGGCUAUCACUGUAAAUGACGAAGAAUGGAACCCAGAUACUCUCCGACAAUGGAGCGAAUGAGACUCAAGAAACUUUGAUGGACUCUGACCAAAAUGAUGAUCCUACACAGACACCAAAGCAAAGGUCCGAGGCGCAAAGCGAUAAUCUGGUGACCUCAGCACCUAACGAAGACGAGGAAGAGGAAAAGAUUGAGGUUGGUCACUACAGCGCCAACAGGAAAUUCAAGGAUAGACUUGUGGCUCGUCUGCUCUGCAGGUGGUGGUAUGUAUUCCCAGAUUGGCCUCCUUCAGACUUUGAUUACAAUGGAGAAUUGAGCAAGAGGAAGCUGAAGCUGUUCAAGAUUGAAGAAUUUGAGAAUCAGGAAAACGUUGAUUCCAAUGGCUACGGAAAGGUCUACGAACUAUCAGCCUUCCCGGGGGUAUUUAGGGACUAUACUGGUCAAGCACAUGAUUUAAGACCACUAGAAGGAAAGCCAUGCUAUAACAAUUUUGUAAAGUACAGCGAGGCCAAACUGCUGGAACUUGUAGAAACUGCCAUAAACAAUCAACUAAAGAUUCUUGAAAACUCAACAUUUGAUGAAGCAGUUACAAUUCGAUUGUUGAAGGAGGUAUGCUUGCUACAAAUUACCCAUGCACUGUAA